AUGUCCGAACCGUUCAUUCCAAACCAGGAUUUCCUCCACCAGUUAAUCUCCAUGGGCAUAAACCACGAUAUAGCCACGCAGGCGCUGUUUUGUACGGGAAACAAGUCUUUGGACGAAGCCGUUGAGUAUAUAUUUAGUUCGCAGGAGAGUGUAUCCGACGAAGCUCAAACGCUGAGCAAUUUAGAGACAAAGUUCGGUAAAUUGGAGUCAGGCGAAGAGGAGGAAGAUGUAGGAUAUUUCAAAAUGACGUUCGUAGUGAAUUCCUCGCUAAAAAUGGGCGUGGGUAAAAUAGCGGCGCAAGUAGGCCAUGCUUGUUUGGGCCUCUUUCGAGAGUUGAUGACAAUUCGACAAGAAGAAUUGGACAUUUGGGAACAAUUCGGAGAAAAAAAGAUCGUUCUGAAAGGCACAGACGAGGCGCAUUUAACCGAGCUGUACGAAAGAGCCAAAGAAAAAGCCAUUCCAUGUUAUUUAGUGCGAGAUGCGGGACACACGCAAAUCCCAGCCGGAUCCGUCACCGUUUUAAGUGUAUUCGGAUUAGAAGAAGAAGUUAAUACCAUUACGGGAAAACUCAGUCUAAUGUGA